AUGUUUCUGCUCAAAGCGUUCAAGGAGUUCUUUAGGCUCUAUAUUUACUCAUCUCCUUCCUGUGAUGCGGAAUCUGAAGAGCAGGAUCAAAAAGCCGAGUUCGGGGUUUCGCAUGCAACCACAAAGGCGUGGAACCAAGCUGCGACAGAACUACGAAACAUUGCCACUCAGAUGAGAUUAUCAAUUGCCUGCAACCCGUGGAUGAAAAGCGACGACCGUCCAUCCGACGCCUAUUUCCCGCAAAUGUACAGACAAUUCCAACAUGAUCUCUACAACUCCAGGGGGUCUUGGGAAGACUAUCCGUGGAGGGCUUUUGACAUGUUCAAAUGGACCGAAGUCUACAGGGCGACGCGAAGUCUUGGACUGCUUCCUCAAGACCAUGACCAUGGUUCACUUCCGAAGAACUGGACUUUGUGUAUGGGCAUGACACUCUACAUUGCCCUGCUCGUAACAAAGCAAAGCCUGGACUGCGCGAUGAAGGAGAUCCAAACGAGGCUCGAGGGCUUUCCACACCUGGCCAAGACUCCGCUGCGAUUGCAGACACAUGAGAUGCGGCAACUCAAGGAGGCGGAACGCAUAGCUGUAAGGGGAGCGGAGACAUUCAAUCGCAUGCUGGAAAAUAUGGCGCUUGAGCUUUCAGUUGCAUUGGGGAAGAUUGAAACGAAGGCUGGUGAUGAUGAAGCUGGAGAAGAAGGCAGUCGGGAACCGAUACGUGAGAUAUUGCGUCGCGAAAUCCACAAGGUGCAUCCUCACCUGGAACUUCCUGAGCUUACCAUGUUAGUGGAUCUUUGA